AACUCCAAUUACUGUACAUUAUAGAACCUCUUUUAUAUAAUAGCCCUAAUAAGCUGCAACAUGUCAUAAACGACAGCUAUCUGCCAAUCAAAUCUGUCAAAAUAUAAACAUAAUUAUUUGCAGUUACCAGGAACUUAUAAACGUAAUGGAUGCUUCUAAUCCAACCAAGCUUCCUCCUUACAACUGGAUAAAAGACGCAAAUAUUUACAACAAAAAUUACGCUUUGAUUCCGCCGGAAUGGAUCGAGGCAAACGCAGAUAUAGUCGUAGUCCUUUUCAUCUCCAAGAAUGUAGACAGGGAGGGAAUAGUCCAGAAAUUUUAUAAUAUCUACGAAAGUGUCAAACACGCGAAUGUGCCUCUAGAAGUUAUACAUGUGCCUUUAGACGAGAAUAAAUUACUAAUGAGGCAAAGCUUCGAGCAGCAAGCGAACUGGUUCACGCUUCUACAUGAUGAUCCCCUGGUACUCAUCCUGACUUAUUUAUAUGAAGUAUCGUAUAUUCCAUAUGUUGUUGUUAUAAAACCCGAUGGGACAAUUGUUUCUAACACUGGCAAUCGAGAUUUGGAGCAAUAUGGUAAAAAUGCAGUCAUAGCUUGGUUGCCUCCAUCGGCGUGUGUGAAACAUACUAGAAAACUUACUGAUGAAGCGCCUAUGUAUGGAUCUAAGUGGAGGUAUUUGAUUAAAGAGGAAGAAGAAGAAAAGAAAGAAUACCCGAGGAGGUUUACGACCGAUAUCUCAAAGAAUAGCGCACGGAUAGGAUUAAUGCCAGCGAGGCGCAGCGAGAAGAAGGAAAAUGCAGAGGCCCAGACUGAAGCCGAGUAGAAACCAUCUUCUGUACAGU